AUGCACAGAGUUCUGCGUUUUACAGGCCUCCAGGCCAUACUCCACUCGUUACAUCACAAUCAGAAGAAGUCGGUCCAGCGCCUAACCCUACUCCUCGAUACAACCCGCGACUUGAUGCUAGGGACUGGCCUCGACAGUGCCAGCUCUGCACCAAAGUAUUCGCAAAACCGUACCUCCUCAACAAGCAUCUCAAGCAACAUACCCGUCCUUACAAAUGUCAGCACGCGGACUGCAAGCAGAACUUCCAGUUCCAGGCGGAUCUCGAUCGUCACCGGCAGGCCGUCCACGAAAAGCAGGCGGACGGCGCAUGCUAUUGUCCGUUUGCUGGCUGCAAGUACUCCAAAGAAGGCGGGAAAAGUAUGA